AUGGUGCCUCACCACGCGGCAGAGGUCUUCAUGCGCUUGAAGAAAGGCUCGCCUCCUUUGAUUCGAGGGACAGUGACCUUGGCGCCGCCACCGGCGCGAGGCGCAGGCGCGGCGAUUCCCAUGGUGCCCAUGCGCUCUGAAGAGUCGGGGUCCAACGAGCGCACCGAGCAGGACUCGUCGCAGGACUCGUCGCUCUUCUCGGACCACGCCGAGCCGGGCGACUCCUCCGGGCCCUCGGACUCGGGGCGGCACGCCUUUGCGCCGCUGCCGGACGAGGUGGACGAGGAGCCGUACACUGAUGACGAAGACACGGACGAGGAUCACUGA